ACAACCGACCCCAUGUCCCUGGGAUGAAGCAUCCGCACGCUCCCCAGGGAUCAGGACACGGAGGAGGCUCCCUCACACUGGGAUAUCCCACGUCUCCUCAAAAGCUGCUGUAGGGGUUCAGGAAAGCCGGGAUGCUUUUACUCAUUAAUUCAGUCAGCACUGCCCGCUGCCGCUCUGCCUCCUCCGGGAUCGCCCGACGAGGUGGGGUGAGCCAGGAGAGCCAGGGGGCAUCCGCCUCCGUUCCUGCUGGCGGCACUGAUGGAGAUGCAGAGCACCCCAAACUACCUCUGGAGCACCGAGGACCUCCUGGGCCAGGGCGCCACAGCCUCCGUCUACAAAGCUCGCAACAAGAAAUCUGGGGAGCUGGUUGCUGUGAAGGUCUUCAAUAACGCCAGCUACCUCCGGCCCCAGGAGGUCCAGUUGAGAGAGUUUGAGAUGCUGAGGAAGCUGAACCAUAAAAACAUUGUUAAAUUAUUUGCCGUGGAGGAGACGGGCAGCAGCAAGCAGAAGGUGCUGGUGAUGGAGUACUGCUCAAGCGGCAGCUUGCUGAACGUGCUGGAAGACCCGGCGAACGCCUUUGGCUUGGCCGAGUCCGAGUUCCUGAUCGUGCUGCAGAGUGUGGUGGCAGGGAUGAACCACCUCCGCGAGAACGGCGUUGUCCACAGAGACAUCAAACCCGGCAACAUCAUGCGGCUGAUGGGGGAGGAUGGGCAGAGCAUCUAUAAGCUGACGGAUUUUGGAGCCGCCCGAGAGCUGGAUGAUGAUGAAAAGUUUGUGUCUGUCUAUGGAACAGAAGAAUAUCUCCACCCGGACAUGUACGAGCGAGCGGUCCUGCGCAAGCCACAGCAGAAGGCGUACGGAGUCACCGUUGACCUCUGGAGCAUCGGUGUCACCUUCUACCACGCUGCCACCGGCAGCCUCCCCUUCGUCCCCUUCGGGGGACCCCGCAGGAACAAGGAGAUGAUGUACAAAAUUACCACGGAGAAGCCCCCAGGAGCCAUCGCAGGGGUCCAGAGGCAGGAGAACGGGAGCAUCGAGUGGAGCUACGAGCUGCCCAUCACCUGCCGGCUCUCCGUGGGGCUGAAGGACCAGCUGAUACCCAUUUUGGCCAACAUCCUGGAGGCCGACCAGGAGAAAUGCUGGGGAUUCGACCAGUUUUUUGCAGAAACCAAUGACAUUUUGCACAGGAUGGUGGUCAACGUCUUCUCCCUGCAGCAGGCUUCCUCGCAUCGCAUCUACAUCCACUCCUACAACACUACCACCAAGUUUUUAGAUGAGGUCUUCAGGCAAACAAAUAUAGUCCCUCACCAUCAAGAAUACUUUUUUGAAGGUCAUCUCUACGAGUUGGAUCCUAAUCUACAAGCUCAUAGUUUCUGCAGAACCACAGAGCACAACCCUCUGACCUUGCUGAGCACUGCUGAGCAACCAGAAGAUGUGGUAGGAGUCAGAUACAGAGAUCCGGCACUUGAGUUUCCAAAGUUUGUCCCCCAGGUGGACGUGGUGGCCGACUGCAGCGCAGCCAAGAGCGCGGUGGGUGCCGUGCACCAGACGCUGCGCAUCGCCCUGGCCCUGCGGCGCUGCCGGGAGCUGCUGGCGAGAGGUCUCCAUUGGGUGAUUGGGGAUCUGAAAACGGAGUGCUCGAGGAUUUCGGAGCAGAGGAGAGGGGCUGUUUCCGUGCUUGCUUGCCUGCAGCUCACCGAGGUGAAGACUCACGUGCUGUACGAGGCUGUUCCUGGAGGCAACCAGGUGCCGGCUCUGAAGGAUGUGGCCACGGUGAAGACAAGGCUGCAAAAGGUCACCGAGGAGCUCUCGCAGUGCUCCCACAACAUCUUUAACUUCCAAGGGGUGCUGGAUGGCAUUUUGUCGGAACUGGUGAAGGACGGACAACACGUGCAUGAAGACAAGAGCAUCCGGCAGAUUGAGUGCUGCCUGGAGAAGAUGCAGCUGAUCUACAAGCAGUUCAAGAAGGCCAGGAUGGGUCUGCGGCUGAGCUACAAUGAGGAACAAAUACACAAGCUGGAUAAGGUGAACUUAGGGCAUCUGGCCAGGAAGGUUCUGGUGAUUUUCCAGGAAGACUGUGUCCAGCAGUACCAGGAGGCGCUGGCCCUCCACAGCAGCAGGAUGAGGAAAGUUUGUGAGAUAAAGAAGCAUCUGAAGAGGUUCAGCAACCACAUCAGCGCCUGCAGCGUGGAGAUGAUGGAGUGCCAGGACUGCCUGCAGAGCGCUCUGGACAGGGUUCUCCAGAUGGAGAAAUGGAGUUUGGCCACAGCUCCUCUUGCACCUUCACCCGUCCAGCUGACCCAGGCACGCCAGGAGAUGGCUUUUCGAAUGCAGGAGCUCCUGGAGCAGAUGAGGUCAGUAACUUGCGAUCUCCAGUUCAACAACAGCAUCAUCGAGCGGUUAAGCGGGGCUGCCCCCACUCCUGGUCUUUGAGAGACGUGGUGAAUUUGCAGCAACUGAAGCAAACCGCUGCCCACAGCAGGGAGCACUGACAGCACUUCGGGUCCAGAGCGAUGGAGACAUUCACCGUUCGUGUUGGAGGAGCUCUCAGUGUCCUGCCUCUCUGCUCCAGCACUUUUGUGCGGUUCACCAGCAUCAGCUUUGAGUGCCUUGUGAGCCUUGUGCCUUGGAAAAUUUGAACAGACGUUGUAGCGGGUUUUUAAUUUCCUUUUAAAAAGUGCUUGAAGGACUUCAUCUUUUCCUAGCUUCCACGUCCGAUGAUGAAGAGGAAGAGGUGAGACGGAUGCAUUAUGUUUUGCCCUCUUAUUCAUUUAGGGAUUACUCCCACUUUUAACGUACUUCUGCUCCCUGAGGCUUUGUGGAGUAAGGCAGGAGGGAUGCUGUAUGUGAUGGAUGAGAGACCAGAUGUGACCCCAGGAGACCACAGCCUGGGGAAGGCAGGAGCUGCAGAUCUCUGCCCUCCAGCUCCAGGGCUUCGCUUCCAGCCCAGCUCCGCAUUUGUGCUGCUGCUGGAGGUGGGAAUGGGAAGCAGAGGGAAACUUCUCUUUUUUGAUCCAUUUCUAUAAACAUAACUGCGUUCUGUGUUUGCGCACAUCGGGCACGUGUGCCUUCUCCAAACAAUCCUCUACUGAAGCUGCUCCUCCAUCUGCUGAACCUGGGGGUGCUACCGAAAACCAAGGCAAAAUCCAGAUUAAAAGGCUCCCGUGAGUCCUCCUCAGGCACAGCUCUGCAAAAGAAAGUGAGGAUAUUUCUUUUUCUUUUAGGUGAAAGAUGAAAAGAAACUCCAAGUUGCCCCCCUGCCAUUAAACAUGCGCUCUUUGGUGGAGAUGACAGCAGCCGAGGGGCAGAGCUGGGACAGGGAUGUGUGGGACCCGAGCGUGUGCUCUGGGGGGCUGUGGGCGAUUGGAGCUGCCCUAGGAAAGGCGUGCACCGCGCUUCGCUCCCGUGGCACUCACAAGAAAUAGGAUGGAGGGGAAUUACAUUAUCCCCCACCUCAUUGCCCCACAGGAAUCACACCAAGAGCUGUGGAAGGUCUCCGACGCUCUGCAUGGGGGCUGUACCCAUCCCUUUGUUGGGGUGGGUAUUACGCUCCCAAUUUCCCACUGUUUUCUGACCUUGGGUUUUAAGAGGAGCUGUAAUCCUCCAGUUAUCGGCUGAGUCAGCUGCUCGGCAGCCGCAGCGUGCGGAGCAGCGAUACGGGAGGCUGGGGUCUCGGCGGUGUGAGCAUUAGAUGGUAUCAAGGAGCUCUUUGUGGGAAGAGCCAGAUGCGCCGCUCCUUCAUCCACCUCUUGCUGCCUGUCCCCAGCAUGAUUUAUGGGUUGUCACCCAGAUGCCACAUCCCGUGGUGCAGCAGAGAGGAACACCAUCCCCAGGCCCCCAGCCAGGCUCCGACACAGCUAUUUACACCUGGGAGGCUCCUGCCAGCCUUGCCUUGGCUCUUCCCCCCUCCGUGGCAUGCACCAGCGCAAAUACGCAUCAAUCAGCGCCCUGGGCUCCCCGGAGAGCCCCUGCACCCCAAACCCUCACCCUGGGACAGGACACAGCGCUGCUGAGGCUCACAGUGGCAGCAGAUGGCCAAGCAAAGCUCACAUCCCUUUGCCCCUGUGGUCCGCAGGGUGGGAGGAAGGAAUGAUUCGUUCCUGUGCCCCACGUAAAACCCUUCGCUCUGUGUUUGCCUGGUUUCUACUCGUGUGCAAACCUGGGCUGGCUGCUGGGGUUAAAGCAGGUUGGAGCAGGGAUCGGGAAGCCGGGACUUUGGCAGCACCGGCAGAAAGAAAAUUCAAGGAUGAGGGACUCGCUGCACCUCCCAGGGACUGAUGGUGCAUCUGGAAGGAGAGGUUGGGCCAUCAUCUGGGCACGCAAACGUCUCUGACUCAGCAGCAGGGAUGCUCAGUGCCUGCCCGGACCUGUCCCUUGGCAGAAAACUAAACACCCGACUCUGCCCUUCACCUUCCCUCCACUUUCUUUUCCAGCCCCUUUUCUGGAAGCG